AUGAGAGAUCUGCUAUCCGACCUCGCUAAAUCGCUUUCGUACCUCGAUAUCUCAUAUUUAACUUUUGAGGCUGUCCUAGAAGUUGUAAUCGUUUGUUUUGCUGGGUUUUUAGCUGCCAAGACUGGUUUAUUAAACACCCAGGGGCAAAAACUUCUAAGUUCAUUAAAUGUUGAUUUAUUCACACCAUGUCUUAUCUUUUCCAAAUUGGCUAGCUCGCUAAGUCUAUCGAAGCUUAUUGAUCUUGCCAUCAUACCCAUCUUUUUUGCCGUGUCGACUUUUAUUUCGUACGGGUGUUCAAGAGGUACUUCGUGGUUCUUGUCGUUGAAUGAGCCGGAAACCGAUUUCGUCACUGCUAUGGCAGUAUUUGGUAACUCAAAUUCAUUACCAGUCUCGCUUACUUUGAGUUUGGCAUACACCUUGCCUGGACUAUUAUGGGAGGAUGUACCUGAAGAUGAUAGCGACAAGGUUGCCGGUAGAGGUAUUUUGUAUCUCUUGAUCUUCCAACAAUUGGGUCAAAUCUUGAGAUGGUCAUGGGGAUUCAAUUUUUUGUUGAGGAAACGAUCACACGUGGAGUUGAAUACUUAUUACAAUAAGCAUGGCGCUGUUAUUGAGUCAGAAACAGCUCGGUUGUUAUCAGCCGAGGAUGCAUUAUACAUUGAAGAGGGAGAACAGAGGGCUUCUGAAGUUGAGCCAAGCUCGGAUGAGAAUAGCAAUGAAUCACAAGAAUCAACUCAGCAUGAAGAGCAGCAGGAAGUGGUGACUCAAGAAAAGCCAUCUUCGCUUUUAGCCAAAUUUGCAGAAUUACCAGGUAUCAAGCAGUUUCUUUCAUUUAUGAAUCCCCCUUUGUGGGCCAUGUUUCUAAGCGUUAUUGUUGCUUCAACACCCUUACAGAAGGUGUUUUUCCAGUCCGGAGAAGAGAAUGGUGAUGGUUCAUUUAUCCACAACACUUUAACGGAAGCUAUAUUUGGUUUGGGCUCGGUUUCAAUCCCCUUAAUCUUGAUUGUGUUGGGGUCAAACUUGUAUCCAGCAGCAGAUAUUCCACCAGCAUCAAAACACUACAACCGUAUGUUGUUUGGCUCCUUAAUGUCAAGAAUGAUCUUGCCACCGAUCAUCUUGUUGCCUGUUAUUGCUGCCUGUGUGAAAUACAUCAACAUCUCCAUCUUGGAUGAUCCUAUUUUCCUUAUUGUCGCAUUCAUCUUGACUAUUAGCCCACCAGCUAUUCAAUUGAGUCAAAUAUCUCAAUUGAAUGGAAUUUAUCAAAAGGAAAUGUCUGGUGUAUUGUUCUGGGGGUAUGUCGUGUUAACCUUACCAACAACAAUAUUUAUUGUAGUUGCAUCGUUGAAGGUUUUGGAGUGGGCACAGUAG